AACCGAAACUGUCUCCUUUCCAAUCUGGGCACAUCAGUGGGCACAUGAAGUUUUUAAUUUUAACAAAGACAAGAUUGGUGAUCGGGUGUUUCAAAGAACCAACACAUGUUGUAAUGAGGGUUUUGCUGUGUAAGAAGAUCCAGUGCCCUUCUUUCAUCUGCUUCUCUAAGCCUUCUCCUCACAUCUACACAUCAGGGUCGCUGAAAUUGGAGAGCACGCCUCAAGUGUCUUCUUCCACUACUGUUGUCGUUGAUGUCAAUGAUGAUGAACAUUAUGUUGAUGCACAUGGAGGAGAAGGGGUUAAUCAUGUUGAUGGUUUGUUGAAUAAGGUUAGUGAAGAAGAAGACUCUGGUAUAGAAGAGAAGGAAGAAGAUUGUACCUUUGAGGAGAAACAAGAACAAGAGCAAGGUCAUAGUCAUGGGGAGAUCCUGAAAAGCAGUCUUAAGAAGGAGGCUUUAGAUUCAGCAGAUGGUGAGAGAAUGGAGAAGAAGAAGAAGGUACAGUGGGUGGAUUUGAUAGGGAAAGAACUUGCUGAGAUCCGUGAAUUUGAGUCUAGUGAAGAAGACGGUAUCAUAUAUGAUGGAGAUAAAAGCUGUGUCUGCGCCAUUCUGUGAGCAGUUGAGUUUAGUUUUACCUGGAGUCAAGGCAAUGGUGAAAGGUAAAGAAGCUCUCUCUAGAUUUAGUCCUAUUAGUCUUGUCGCUUUGGCUUUGGAAUCCAAUGUACAUUGAGGCAGUACUAGUACAUAUAGUAGAAUCUGCAGUUGCUUUUGUAAUAUCUGUUACACUUGUUCCUUUGACUAGUUAAUAUCAUCACUCAGAUUCAAGAAGCUUUACUUGUUGACGUCACUAUAUGCUUU